AUGCUUCGAAACGCAAUAUCCCUUUUGAUGCGGAGAAAACAUAGCCAAAAAGCCUGGUCUCCGCAAGUCACCAACACAGGGGCCGCACCACCCACUGGCAUCACAUCUCAGGAGGCACUUCAAAUCGUGUAUCGUCCGAUGCCGCCUGAGCAGACAGUCGAAUACGAGGAGGACUUCGGCACCAACCUCAUGAUUCAUCGCGAGUUCAUCUCCAAAAAGCGCCGCGAUCAAAUGAGCUUCGAUAUUUCGCCGCUAGUUUACAGUGAUGUAGAGCUGCGACGAGGGCAGAAGCAUCUAGCAGGGAUUAUGAAUAAGGAGCGUAAUGCAGUGCCCAUUGGCAUGGCGGGAAGCGAGAACGACAGGGUUCCUUUUAAUGUGGAGGUUGACCCUAAAACGAAAGAACUCCAGGGCGCGCGGUAUUUUUUCAACGAAAACCGCAUGCGCUACUGUGACCGCUUUCAAGAAUUUUUCCACACCACGCUCGCCAAAAGGAUGGGUGGGGAUGGUAUGGAUACUCAGUUUCUUUUUUCUCUUAUGGAGGCCUGUGCGAUUAUAUACGGUUGCGAUACGCACGAUGCGCGCGAGGUGUAUUAUCAGGUGUUCGGCAGCGUGGAUUUGGACUCGUUGGAGAGAGAUGAGCAGGAACUUCGGCAGCGCCGUCAGAACGCGGCUGACGUGCAACGUAAUCUGUGCGACUCCAGCUCAGGCUGCGGCCCUGCAACCUCUUACGAGGUCGUACAAGAAACCAUUAAUUCGUUACCAUCCCUCUUUGAGGAUGAACCGGGGGGAAGUGGUACAACGAUCCAAGGCGAACGCCACUUGGCCGCAGAUGCCGGGAACUCUGAUAAAAUAACGGUGAAGGAGAAUAAUACAUCGUCCGGUGAUGAUUUGCGCGAGUACAAAAUAUCUGGUUCAGUCUCUUAUGCUGGUUUACCUCCCGACUACGCCAUGCUUUAUAAAGCGUAUCUCGCUCAUGCCCGAGGAGAGUCGCCGAUCGCAUCUUACGAUAUUUCCACGUUAGCCGCUACUGAAUCUCUGGUACGGAGGCGGCGCUGGCGUCACCUCAUGGAAAAGCUUGUCCGAGAAGAUUAUUUAAACUUGUCCGAUGACGAAUUAAAAGAUGCCACACUACUAAAUGAGCAGCUACAUACUAUCAAAUUUAUGGAUUUGAAGGUUGGCGAUACGGUGCAAGAAAUUUUAGCAUUAUUGCAACGUGAAACGGGUGAUGGUGGAUCUUCUCAUCGAGAUACCCCAUUGGAGCAGUUGCCGUCAAACCCCGAAAGGCGUCUAUAA